AUUUUACAAACUGCCCCCCAUAGAGUAUCAUGGGGGUAUAAUAUAUUACUCUAUGCUGCCGCCAUCCAUAAAUGAUAGCAAGAGAAAAUAGAUCUAUUUAGUAUUUUGUCAUGGGAAAUUGGAACUAUUACCUAAUACCUACGAGGCUACGACCGUUGAGCCUUUACUAAAUAAGAGUAAUUACUUAUUAGUGAUUAGUCAUUUCUCAUUUAUUUUUCAUUAACAGGGAACCUACUCCUACUCGUUAGCUGUUCGUGUAUCCGUCGUUUCGAGUUAUAGCAUAAAUGGAAAUUAUGGAAUCUUGGAAUUACCGUCUAUCGAUUAGUCCUAUUAUAAACGUCGUUUGAGUAAACCAUAGAAUUUUAUCAAUAUGACCGAUCCUCAUAGUUCGAGUACUAACGUUUAUCAAGGUGGUGGUCAUUUUGAAUUUUCAUCAGAAAAAAAUUGGGGCGUAGAACAAGAAGAUUGUAGAAUAUUUGGUUCUAUUGAUAUGAAACAUUUAGCUGCAAGUAUAGCUAGUGUGCCAUUUAAUAUACAACAUGACAUACCUGUUGAACUAUUUACUGUGGAGCAAUUAGAAGAAUUUGAAGUAGAAUCAUCUCUUGCUUUGAGCCGACAUAUAUCACUAUGUAAUUCAAAAUUAUUAAAUAUUAAUACUGUCUUGCCAACUCCUAUGAGAAGUAAUCAAGCGUCCACUGAUACAAACGUUACAGAAGUUAAUAAUCUUCCUUUUGACUAUGAAAUUCAACCGAAUCUAGAAUUAGAAGAAAUAUUGGGAAAUAUGAAACCUUUAAUCAACAUACUACAAGAUGAAAUAAAUACCGUUCCUAAAAUAGAUACUAGUGAAGCUGACUCAAUAACAGUUGAAAAUCAAAUGAUGCCCAUUAAAGAUAAUAAUAAAAUUGAAACGACGAUUCAUGAUUCAGAGCAUUGGCUUGAUUCCAUGCUAGAUAGUGAUGAAUAAAUAUUGAAACUGUAUUUUUCAAUCAUUAAUAUAUUUUCAAAAUAUUUAUUCAUAUAAAAUAAUUAAAGCAAUGUUGUAACUUUAAGUGGCUUCCAAUGUUUUGCAACUGUAAUUAUAAAAUUGAAAUAUUGUAUUGGUAUACCACCUAGAUAUUUUGGAAAUAUUAAUCUAAUGGUGGUUACUAUCAUUAGAUACCUAUAUAAUAUAAUGUCUUCUUCCUAAAAUUA